AUUAAAUUUAGCUGUACUGGUCGCGUCUUCUACCACCAGUUUAAACAGAACAAGCCCAUGGGUGGGAAAACUGUUAACUUCCUUGGGAUCACAACGAGAGAAUUCGAACUCUCCAUUGCUCACAAUCCAUACGUAUCACACUGUGUGACAACUAGCAUAGGCUUCUUCUUCUGUCCUUGUAGCAUUCAGACAAGUGCCUGGUUUCAUAGGAUUUGUUUUUAUUUUCUCGCGUCCAUGGUUUUGGCAGUGAACUAAAGAUUGGUCCUUAUAUUUCAUAAUAAUUAAGAUUUCUAAUCCUGGUUUCAGACUUGUCAAUCAUAAUAGUCUUAGAGAGAAUAUUGCAGAAUGAGAUGCAAAAACAGUAAUUUGUGAAUUAUCUAAAUGUAAAUAAGCAUAGACUGCAAUAUUGUUUCUUAACUGUGGCAAUCUGUUUGGCUAGUUUGUAAUCAGGUCUAGCAAAUAGUAACUUUAAGACCUCGGGACAAAAAUAUUUUCAGCUAGUGUAGGACUUUCUUAUUCUGGCAAAUGAAUAAGAAAUCAAGGCUCUGAGGUAACAUUGUUUAGUUCUAGAAAAUAUCCAUACCUCCCCCACGGAAGGGAUUUUUUGCAAGACCCCCUACCCCUCUGAAAAUUCCAAUUAAACUUGAUACAUUUCUUUAAAUUUUUUGGUCGUAGAGAACCCCCCACCCCCCCAGGAAAUUCUAAUCACUUCUGUGGGCAGAGUAUGGAUAAUUUCUGAUACUGCACAUUGGGAAAUAAAAAUUCCAAAUGGCAAGGGCUAGCUGUGCAAUUAUCUGGCAUUGGCUUUGUUCUGCCUGACAAAUUGGGAGCAGCCAGAGGGAUGGGGGAGGGAGGUAGUGUUCCAGUAUAUACCUGAAAACAAAUUACCUGUCAUACGCAGCAUGCAGGACAUGCAAUGCAAUGCAGGAGAGAGCAUGCCCUAGACUGAGAUGUGAUCCAUAAUCCAUAUACUACGGUAUUAUUAAUAUAGCAUACAUGCAAACCCUGUGGUUAACCCUGAUAAAUUUGACAGUUUAGGAUUGGUUUAACCCUUUACUCCCUAAGUGUGCCAUUUGGCACACAAUGUCAUAACUUUGUGAAUAUUUGAGAGAUUUCUAUGCAUUUUUGCCACAAAAAUUGUCUUGUAAAGAUCUGCUCAUUGAAGGCAUAAAAUUGUGACCCCCUUUUAUCUAACACGUGGUAGACCACCCUCAUAAUUUUCCAAUUUCUCUUUUGAGAUGCACAUAGAAUGCAAGACUUGUUUCACAUCAAGCUAUAUACUAAGACCUGCUAAGGAAGCUAUAGUGUAGGGGCAUACCCAUGAUAUUUGAGAAUUGAUACGUGUUGGAAGCUUUUCAGCUUCACAUUUAAAACAAUUUUUCUCAAAAUGACUACCUCCUUCAUAGCUGCUGAUGUCAGUUCUUAAAUAAGCUGAUCAGUCAACAAUUUUGCCUCUUCCAUUCAUUUUUCUCCCUGUCUGAAAUGAUUUUUAAUUUUUGACUUACUUUAAGGUGACCCCGAAGUGGGAAAAUCCAGCAUAUUUUUACGCUACACCAAGAAUCAGUUUGACUACAGUUAUCAGCCCAGUGCUUCUGUGAGUAUUGGGAAUGUUGUGAAGCAUGUCAACAUCCCUUACGAGACUAUUGUGUCUGUGGCAUUAUGGGAUCUUCCAGGUCGAGAGGAAAUGGACUUGAGAAGAAGUUAUUACAAAGAUGUGGAUGCUGCUAUUGUUGUUGUUGAUGUGGAUGAUAUUGACUCUGUAACUAUGGCAGGAACUUGGAAGCAAGACAUUGUCAACAAUGCGGUGUUCACUGCUAAUUCUGGAAAUUUACAGGAGGAUACUAAAGAUUCUAAACAGAUACCCAUUUUGCUUUUGGGUAACAAAUUGGAUAAGCUUAAAUAUCAAAAUAGUGGAGAGGAGAACAAUGAGGAUGAAGAACUGAUCAAUUUAGAGUCAGUGCGAGCACUGGAGGGCGUGGCUUUGCAACAUGGCUUUGUUGGAAGUGUUACAGUGUCAGCCAAAGAGAGUGAUAACAGUGUCCAUGCUGCAAUUCAAUCUCUGGUACGACACCUAUUACAACAGAAGAUGAAGAAAAAGAGGUUUGCUGCAAAAGGAGGGAGGUUUACUAAGAAUGAGGAAGAGAUGGAGGAGAAAAACUAUGUCACCAUAAGUCCUUUGGAAAUUACAGAAAAAAAGGAGUUCAUACCACUUAUUGUUACUAAAGUCCCUGAGUUUGAUGUGUUCUUUGCUGAAUGCAAUACACCCAUCGAAACAGUGCAGAACACAAGUACAGAGCUUAAGGAUGCCAUGAGCAAUUUUAAGAGAUCUUGCAGUGUAGCAGGUGUGACGAGCAGUGCUAAGGCCAGUCUUGAAGAAUGUAUUGAUGGCCUAAAGCAGCUUAUAAGGACAGAUGACGAUGAAGAUGCGUUAGAGGCGCAUGAGGAUGGUGGGUACAUAAAGCUGAUUGUCAAGGAGGAGUGUAAAGAUCGUGUGCCUGGCCCUGUGCAGAGAGUACUGAAGUCAUUCCACACAGAGGUUGGUGCUGCAUCCAAGAAGGUUCUUAUCCAGUCUCCCGGUGCUCUAAACAAACUUCGAGAAAAUGAAGACAAAAUAAACGAACUUAAACCGACAGCAUUUGAACGUGCGGUUUCCCGUGGAAUGACUCAAAGAAGAGCCAGAGCUGCGGUGAUUAACAUCGAUUCGAACUGUACCAGGAUAGGAGAAGCUUUGGCUGCAGCAAUGGAAACCAUGACGGCUGUGGAUAACGAUUAUAAAAGAAUUAAGGCAGCUAUGCUGUGGUAGCUUCUCAGUUGCAACGUUAUUUAAAAUUGGAGACUUUCUGAUAACAGGUUCAGAGGUAUAGCCAGGCUUUGGUACACUCGCAAAAGGCCUGACAGUCAGUUCUGGAGGAAGGCUAACCUGCUGAGAUCUGUAGGCCUGUUUCCCUCUGAAAUUGUAAGAUUUAGAUUCUUGUAAAUGCCAUUAGGUCAUGGCUGGGGUAGUGCAACAGUUCCUUGCGUCCAAAAAUAGUUUGGAUUCUUUUAAAUGCAAUUUACAUGUAACUUUAACUAUCUAGACUUUAGAUUGGUAUGGAGUAAAAUUUGUUCACCCGGUUUUACAGUGUUGCAGGCUCUCUACGUCUUUUCAGCGAGGUGACAGGCAUUCACAUAAGGGUAUGCUCUUUGGCAAAUUACACAGGAAGAGAGUGCAUUAUUUUGUAACCUAGCUGAAAAUGGGUUGUUCUGAAGUGGAUCAUAACUUUUAUUCAAUCCAUCUCUACUCAACCAAGAAUCAAACACGCUGAGAUAUUACGUACAGAGCCCAAAAAAGAUUACGUUGUCUCUAAAUCUCUCUACGUUACAGGAAAAUAUGUUCAGUUGUUGUUCUACACACUGUUUUAGAGACGGAAAUUACGGGACAGACCAGUGGAAAAUGUUUUAAUGAUCAAGCUCUAAAGGCAUUAUUUUUCAAUGAGACGCAAGUUGAUAAUGCAAUACAGUAACUUUGACUGAUGUGCAGUCUUUAAACUCUAACAUUCCAUCAACAUUCGAGGACAUUUUAUAUUUCAUAUAUGUAAAUAGGUGAAGCUGUAAACAUCGUCUCUUUCAGGACGUUCUUUGCAGAGAUCAUUGUCUACAUCAUGGACUUAGAAAUUCGCCUGAACAAAAUUGAUAUCGUUAUUUGAAAAAACAUUCAAAAAUUAGUUUUGUUGCCACAAUUGAAAGGGAAUGGGCGAAAGCUAACCAAAGCAAUUUUAGGCGAUGCAUUGAAAAGUGCUAACAUUUACAGACGUUUGUAUCACUGUAGGAGUUCUUUCCUCGCAUUCCCACACAGCAAUACAAAGAAUAGUGUUUUCAGAAGGAACUAUCUCCCUGAAUACUUAACUCAUUAAUCCACUCACUCAUCUGAGAAUGAAGCCAGGAUUUCAUUCAUUUUUCUCCACAGAUUGAUUUUAUUUCUGUUAUGCUACACAAUUAAUAUAAAACGUCUUCAGUGACGAUCAAAUAACGUUAUAAAAACAAUGAAGUACCAUAUCGCAGCUUCGUUCUCUCUAGAUAAGUUUUGCUUCUAAAUAGUUUUAAUAGUGUAGUUUUCGUGUAGUGUAAAUGACUAAAAUUUUAUGUUAGGUAACUUUUGUAUGUAGCUGACUUUCUGUACACGUUGGACAUAUUUUACGUCUUAAAAUUUUAUUUAAAUUAUUAACGAUUUUUAUUUUUCUACGCCAAUAGCGCUAUGCACCGCUGUAAAUAAAAACUACUUUUUUAACGAA